AUGCCUGAUCUCCAUGUUGCCUCAGAGGCUAAAUUCCAGGAUGUGUUAUCUGUGCCUGCACAGUUCUCAAUUGCUCCUUCGGGCAGCCUUUCCGUCGCUGCAUUACUGCUUAUCAACCUGCCUACAGUGUUAGAAAACAGCGCUUCAGCUGCUAGAAUUGUUUUUUCCAAACAGUCCCCUUUGCUCCAGUUGCCCACGGACUUUGUUUCACGACCUGUUCCGCCAUUUCAAACAGCCUCGUCCCUUCGCAAUCGUGCUAGAGGUGCAUUUCGAGAUGGAGAUAAAUCAGUGAUCCAUCCUUCAUUCCCCAAUGACCCACUUCCAAUGUGGGUCAUGUCAUACUGGGUCGCUAUGUCGCAUGCACUCGAGAAUCAGCGUGAUUGGCGCGCAUCCCAUGACUGGGUCUACGACAGAUUUGAUGUUGUUCCUACUGACGGACAAGAGUUGGAAAUUAUUGACGAGGUUCUAGAUGUCUUAGAGAGCCUUCCAUGGGAUGCCCCUCUCAAGGGAUUCGGUGCUCAGACAGAUCUGAGGAGCACCGAGCUCCAACCGCUGUUAGGAUCAUGUCCAAUUCACGGUCGUGUUUUGGACAGCAUGAUUGCUGUAGUGGUCCAGCAUAUGCAAGCAUCAGAGGAUGAAGACCUCCAGUCUGUUUCGGUCGAAUCUCUUGACUUUGCAGAUAUCCUUCGGCUUAGCGAUAAACAGUGGAAGAGCUACGAGACGGACAAGGCUUUUGUUCACCUUCGUACCAUUGGCUCUGCAUUACGCGAGGGUGCACUUCAUCGUAUCCUCCUUCCCAUCAAUAUCGACAAUGUUCAUUGGGCUGUUAUCGAGGUCGAUGCUACAAACCAAAGCAUCUCCUAUGCCGACUCCCUUGGCUGGAGUUGGCCUAACGAAGACAUUGAUGCCAUACAUCGUUGGCUGGGCUAUCAUGGUUUUGCCAAAUUCAACCGGGCGACCACACUCCAGCACGGCAAACAGCUCGACUCGUUCUCAUGUGGUAUCGCAGCUCUAAACACUAUCAAGCAUGCCUUGUUUCAAGAUCCGUUGUUCACUGCCAAUAGAGCUUUUUCCCUCCGUAUGGAGGAAUUUCUUAAUAUCGUUUAUGAUCACCUCGAGCUCUCCGAUCCCAACGACGACCCAAAUGACAGCUCAUAUUCAGACAGUGAUGAUGUCGAGAUACAAGAAACUCAGCUACCAUCCCCCCCAACUCUGCCUACGCAUCAUCCACAGCAAAAACCAAAACUCAACCUCCGUGCCACCAAUGCAGAUCUGAGCACCGGUCUGUUCAAGUUUUUCUCGACGGUUUCACGCGAUGAGCAUUUAAAGCUUGCCUGGAAGCCUUCCACUCGGGAGCUCAAGGACCGGGAUCAGCAGGAGCAGGCCCGUUGCCAGGAAAAGUUCGAUGUGUUUGAGAAGGCUGCUCGAAAGCGUGAAAUGGCAGCUGAACGUAAGAGAAAACAGCAAGCCCGUGAAAAAGAUGCCAAGCAGAAACCCACCGUAGAAUCUGUUCUUCAUGAUCAUACUCCCCAACCGCUAGCAGUCACCAUUGCUGAGGCUUCACGUCCAUACCGUCAAUUGCGAAGGCAUGCUCGCAGCAUGCAAAAAUGUAACUCGGGCCGGAAGCGCAAGCGGGAGGACACAGAGGCUCGUCAUGUCAACUGGCAGAGCCCUCUUUUAUGGCCGACCAUCGAAACAGCUGCCAUUCGUGUCGGCUAUGGAAUGUCACCGAUUGAGAUUGAGCGCGAGCUUAAGCGAGUCGAUCCCUCCCGCUUUCAUGGUAUUUCUGCCCAAGUUAUAGGAAGGUGGAUUGACCAAAGUGGGACACGGCCAGUAUGGCGUGCCAGUGUCCUCGCUCGUGUUCAAAAGGGCAACCUUCCCUUGACGACUGCAACACCACCAGGCAUCCUUGCAAAGUAUCCUGAAGUCACGAAGACCAUCAUCGAAGAUCUCCGUGCUCUGCGUGCAGUUGGCGUGGCUUUGGAUACAAUGCGUUGUCGUGGUGUAAUCAUUGCUCGCAUCACUGUCUCUUGCCCAGAAAUCUUCGAGGCCACCGCCAAGGAUGGCUCAAAAUUUCGAUGUACUGAGUCUUGGGUCAAGAAAUUCGUACAUCGAACUCUCAAUUGGACAUUCCGUCGUGCCACUCGCGCUGCACAAAAGACCCCUUCCAAUGCUGAUCAACUCUGUCUGGACCAAUUUUAUCGUCUGACCUUAACUAUCCGUGAUUGUGCGAUCUUCGAUGCUUCCUUCUAUGUCAACAUUGACCAGACCAACAUCGUGUAUCAACCUGCGAACACCGCUACUUACGAGGAAGUUGGUUCCAAGCAAGUCGCAGUGAUUGGACAGGAAGAAAAACGAGCAUUCACUGUGCUCGUUGGCAUCUCUGCCUCUGGGGAUGCUCUUCCAUUCCAGGUCAUCUAUUGUGGCAAAACUGCUCGUUCACUCCCCUCGAAAACCACACAACAAUUCAAGGACGCACAAGACUUGGGCUUUGAGCUGUGCUUCUCCAACACCGAUACCUAUUGGUCAACAUUCCAGCUCAUGUGCGAUUAUGUUCGCAAUAUUCUAGUUCCCUACUGGACAAGGCAGAAGGAGCUCGUUGGGGCUCCUGAUGACCAGGAAUGUAUCCUACAGCUGGAUGUUUGGUCAGUACACAAGUCUGUGCAGUUUCGCACUUGGCUUGAUCAGCAGUACCCAUGGAUCAAGUACCGCUUUGUUCCUGGCGGCUGCACCGGAAUUGCUCAGCCAUGUGAUGUUGGCGUCCAACGCCCAUUCAAGCUUGCCGUCAAGCGAUCUCAACAUGCUGAUAUCGUUGAGGAAUCUCUGACAUUGCUGAAGAAAGACGAAGCUGCACAUGUCAUCCGACUCGACACAACAUUACCCACACUCCGUGAUAGAUCUUUACAGUGGCUCAUCAACGGUUACCAUGCUAUCAACAAGCCUGAUGUGGUCAAACAGUCGUUUUUUCAGUGUAAGGCUGGUACAACAUUCAAUCUCUCGUUCGAGAGCCUCACCAGUCGUGAAGCGCUUCAUGCACUACGUGAUGUGCAAAAAAACGACACCAUGACUUGGGAACGCAUCAAAACGGCUCAAUAUAAGACUCCCGAAGCCGACGAAGAAGUAGAGCCACCCUUCACGCAUGCUGCAGAUGUCGAGCUUGAUCCUAGCGAUGUUUUGGUGGAUACGGUUCUGCAACACAUUGCAUUGGGUGAAUCAUCUGUCCCUCAUGGCUAUAGCACUGAUGAUUUGGGUAAUUUGCUGGUGGACAACGAGUCGGAGAGCUAUGAGCGAGGGGUACUGGAUGACAUGAUAGGGCUCCAAUCUACAGCUGAUGGGUCUACAGAGGUUGAGGCUGAGGGCCGUGGCAAGCGCAGACGUGUUGCGAACACUCAGUUCGACGGCCUCAGAGUUGGUGUGACCGUCACGAAAAAUAGGUUCGAUUCGCCAGGCGUGUGA